AUGAUGGUUGGUAAACGUAAAAUAAUUUCUGCCUCUAUGACUGCUUUGAAAGCAAAUAACAACGUAACGAAUGGUAUUGUCGACAAACAUGACAGGCAUGAUGAUGAGAAUAAUAACGACAUCAACGAGAAAGUUAUUAUUCAUGCAAAUCGUUCAAGACGUCGACAAUUGUCCGUUUCUAAUGGUAACGGCUAUCACAAUACAUCCAUUGAAAAACCUAAUGAUUCUCCUCUGCAAUUACCUGUUACUGAUAAAGAUCAAUUGAUAAGACAAAUAAACGAAGACGAAGAUGUAUCACCCACAAAAAGAACAAAAAUUGAAUGUGAGACAGAUGAGAGUGAAGAAGAACAAGCAACACCAAGAACGACAAUAAAUGGAAAUAUAGUUCAAAAUAAUCUUGCUUUAGCAUCAUCAAAUGCCUUCAACGACGUAGAAGAAGACGUAAAAGAUAAUGUUGAUCAACAAAUUAAAGAUGAAGAGAAACAAGCUGAUGAUAUUGUUAUCAAAGAUUUGUUGGCAUCUGUGAGACCUGAGCCAAAUAAGAAAUUAAAUGAAGAAGAUCGUCAAUUACUAUAUGAUAAUGUUUAUGAUAAACUUCUUACAUUAUUGACUCGUUGUCAAAAAUACGUUCAGCAUUUAAAUGAUAAAGUAAAACAAUCGUUAAUCGAGCACAUUCCAACACAAGUUGUCGAAGAUGAUCGUGGCAAUGUUACAAAACACAAAAACAAAUCAACAAAUAAAAAGAAUGAAAAAUUGCAGCAAACACCAGCAACCGCUCAAGUUGAGGAAAAAAGUGAUGAUAUGAAACGGAGCGAUUUACUGAAAAAAUAUUAUGAAUUAACAGACAAUGCAAUUAAAGCAAGACAGCCCGAAUUAUUCGUUGGUGCUUUGAAACCAUAUCAAUUAGCUGGCUUAGAAUGGUUGAGGACUUUGUAUGAAGUAGGAGUGAAUGGCAUUUUAGCUGACGAGAUGGGCUUAGGUAAAACAAUUCAAAUAAUUGCAUUAAUAUGUGAUAUGAUCAAAUCAGGCGCUCAAGGUCCAUUUCUCAUUAUUUCACCAUUAUCAACAUUGACAAAUUGGUUUACGGAAUUUGCUCGUUUUGCUCCAUCAGUCAAAUGUCUUGUCUAUCACGGAAAUAAAGAAAAAUUAGCUGAAAUACGUGAACGAUUCUAUUCUUAUAAAAAGACUAAUAAUAUUUUUCCAGUAUUAAUUACAGCCUAUCAUAUGAUUAUUAGUGAUAAGACAUUUUUUAAACGAGAGUAUUGGCCGUUAUUAGUUAUAGACGAAGGACAUCGACUAAAAAAUCCAAAAUGUCAAUUGGUAUCUAUUUUACGUCGUUUACAACGAGGCAGUAAAUUUUUAUUAACUGGUACACCAGUACAAAACAAUAUGCUUGAAAUGUGGUCAUUGAUGAAUUUUUUAUUACCGGAUAUAUUUGAUGAACCAGAAGUGUUUGAACGUUAUUUUGAAAUCGAUAAUGCUACAUCAACUUUAUCGGUCAAAGAAGAAGAAAAACGGCCAAUUUUAAAAAUAUUUCAUCAAAUAUUACUGCCAUUUAUUUUACGCCGUCAAAAAAGCGAUGUGAAUCUAUAUCUACCUCCAAAAAAGGAAGUUACACUUUAUGUAAAAAUGACCAAUUUACAAGUGCACUGGUAUAAUAAAUUAGUUGAUGAAAUAGUUAGACGUUACAUAAUAGAUAUUUUGAAACGAAGUCAUCAAUCUUUCUUUUAUAGAGAAGAUGAAAUAUCACGUCGAAUAACUGGUCGAAAUGUCGUUUUUCCAUUACUUCGUGCUUGUACUCAUCCAUAUUUAUUACAGCCACCAAUCGAUGAAAAUGGAGAACUUAUUAUUGAUGAAAAUAUUAUCAAUAGUAGUGGAAAAUUUAUUUUGCUGGAUAAAAUGUUACCAAAAUUAAAAAAAGGUGGACAUAAGAUAUUAAUUUUUUCUACAUUGGUUAUCUUUCUUGAUUUGUUAGAAGCAAUGUGUGAACAUCGAGGUUUUGGCUAUGUAAGAUUAGAUGGUAGUACAAAUUUUGAAGAUCGAAUUGAAGCUAAUCCAAUGAUUGAUAUUCAAGCGCAGGAUCGGUGCCAUCGAAUUGGACAAACAAGACCAGUUGUUGUUUAUCGAAUGAUUGUACGAAAUACAAUCGAUGAACGUGUUUAUAAGCGAGCGUGUUCAAAACAAGUAAUGGAAAAAUUGAUUGUUCACGAUGAAUUGAAACAAGGUUUUGAUGCCUAUGAAAAUGUUUUAUCUUUUAAUCCAGAUAAUGAAGAGCACAAGAUGAAUUUGGCUGAAUUAGUCGAAGGUAUUACAAAAAUUGAUAAUAAAACUAUCAUAACGGAACGAGAUAAUUUGAAAGAUGAACAAAUUAAUCGUUUACUUGAUCGUACCGAUUUGUUAGCCAAAAUGGAUGAACAAUUAAAGCUUCAAGACAAAGAAUUAAUAAAUAAGAUAAAACAUAUUAACUAA